GCACUGCAUGGAUGCAUCACUGUGAGCUGACAGGGAUAAACAGAUCAGCCUUUUUUUUCUAUUGUUUUUCUUUUCUUGCUGUUUUGGUGUAACUGAAGCAUGCAUUUCAUCAACAAGCCACGCCGGACGUCACACCGAGCACUUCCCUGAGGGCUGUGUAAAUACCUGGUUUGCUCAGAAGAAGAUUUAUCUUUAUGAAAACAAAAGAAAAAGGGACCAAGAUUCGGGUUUAACGUCUGUACAUAAGAUAAUAAUAUACGCUCAGUAUCAGGAUGAACAAAGACGCCUCGUGGAUGAGCAAACAUAUCGAUUGUCUCCAUUUGUUGGAAACUGAAAUAAAAAAUACAGACUGUUAGAAAGAGUGCCGCCAUUUUACAUCACUGCUCAUACACACACACACACACACACACACACACACCUCGCUGCUCGUUGGCGUGAGAUGCCGUUUAAAAAAAAUGAAGACACAAGAAUGGCCUCAUUUGUUUGUCGGUUCUGUUUGUACAGUGAGUAGUGAGUCAGUAACACAUCGACUGUGACCAUGUUAAGAAUACAAAAUAAACAUAAAACAACAACAACAAACAAACAUAUAUAUAUACCAUUCUUUGAUACGUGUGUUGUUCUUUUUUUGUUUGUUCUGCUGAGUAAAGUAAGAACGCUUCUCUUCAAAACUCCUGUUUUUACCCCAGAAAUAAGGAUUAAAGUGAAGUACAGAAGAAAAUCAAGAGUCCGUCCUGUGUUAGAAGGGUAUGUUUUUUAAGGGGGGGGAUUCCUCCCUCUUCAAGUCGUGGCGAAGCAUCGCUGAUAUACUCUUAUCUCCCAGAGCAGACGGGCCUCCGUCACGUGCAGUGCAGCAGCAGCGUGAGCUUUGAUUGGUCCUCCGCGACGUGAUGGGCUCAAUAACAAUUUGGUUCCGAACCAGGAUCUCUUGCUCAGAGACAUGAAGGUCUAUGAGACGUCACGAGGAUGAGGGAGGACAAGAGGACGCUUCGCAGUUGGAUUUAAGAGAACAGCAUGCUCUCUGGGUCAGGACUCGUCCUCCUCCUCCUCCUCCUCCUGGCAGCACCAGUCAUCUGUCAGUCAUGUGUGUGUUCCCAGCCGUCCCCCUCGGGUCUCCAGGUCAACUGCAGCGCUCUAAAUUUGAAACGGUGGCCUCGUCUUCCUGCUGACACGUCAGAGCUCCACAUGCAGGACAACCUCCUGACUGAGGUUCCUCCGGGACUCUUUGACUCUCUUGAGAAGCUUCAAAGCGUCUCGCUGUCCCAAAACCCCUUCAAGUGCGAGUGUGGGAUCGAGUAUUUGAGAAGCUGGCUGCUGAAGAACCAGGCGCUCGUGUCUCAGCAGCCCACCUGCGGCAGCCCUCCGUCUGUGGCCAACAAAAGCAUACUAGAACUCCCUGACAACUACUUUGAGUCAUGUGGGUCUGCAAACUGCUAUGAUGGGAUUUUGGCUGCCAUGAUGAUUGUGAUGCUGAGCAGCCUGGUGGUUUUACUCCUCUGGGUUCUGAGACUCUCUAAAAAGUCCACAUUCAUCCUGAAAAUCAGUCAUCCAGAGAUAGAGCUGAGGCCUCGAUGGCGGCGAGACUCUGAGAGGUCGGAGGUCAGUUCAGGGUGGACGUGGAGCGAGGAGCUGGAGCGGCCGCUGGUGAAUGUGGAGCUGCUGCCACAGGUCCUGGACAUCCUGCACAAAAAGCAUAAUAUAAAGAUAAAGAUGACCUGAGGGAAUCAGUCCAGCAACUCCCAGCACCUCGACAACGCAGAGGGCAAGAUGGAGGUCAGGAAAUGGUCACGUGAUCAAUGGCAGUUAUACUUUUACUGUUACUAACGAAAUCCAAAUUACAGUAGCUACAAAUAUCCGUCCGACACCUAGAACUAAGGCUGGGUCAUUUCAUAGACAUAUAGAAAAUAUUUAUGGAAAAUGCUAAGAAAAUGACACCAUUAAUUAACCUGGGUUUUGCGAAAACUUAGCAGUAUUUUUUGGGAUAAAGUGCAUUAAUAUAUGAUUUAUGAUUAUGAUUUAAUGGCUCAAUUUUACUUCUGCAAUAAUCCGCUCAAUAUUAAAUGGGUUUUUUGUACAUGCAGUUGAAGUUUAAGUACAAAACCAUAGACAGGGAGCACAGAAACCGGUCAUUUGCAUCGGCCUGCACGGGUUCUAUCAAUAUCUUGACCAAUUCUGCGUGUAGUGAGCUCAAAUGGACAGCUGGUGGCAGUAUAGGGCUACGGGAUUCCCAUAAGACGCAUGAAUGAAACACGACGAAGAAAGGAAUACAUUUAUAAUUUAAACCCUCAAAACAUUGAGAAAUCCUCCUUUUGGAACCAUAGUCACGUGAAAUACGACUUAUUUCUGUAAUUCAAUUGCAUCUAGGUGUUCAGUAAACUAUAGAUAAUAUAAUGUAUGCAAUAAACGAAAAUACAUUCAGAUUUCUUCUCAUUUUGUGGACAUUUAAGCACGUAUAUAUAUUUUUACACUGCGAAGUAAUA